UAGUUAAUUGUAAUGGAUUUUAGUGGCUAAAUUCAUUCUAUUGUAUAGUUAUUCAUAUAUUAGAGAUGUUUGGUGUUGUGAUUUUGGUUGUUAUUGAAGAAUAAAGUAUAGGUUGAAUUGCAUAUUUUAAUUUAACCUUCUAAUUUAGUAGCUAUAUGUAAAUUAGGCCUUAUAAAGCAUGAAUGGUGUUGAAUUGGAGUGAAUCAAUCAUUUGGUUUAUGAUGUGUUGUUAUUUUGAAGAUGAAUUUGAAUGGAUAUGUAAUUUGUGUUGUAAAUGUUAGUUUGUAAUUGUUGUUUCGUGAAUAUGUACUUAGAUUAGAUGGAGACUUCAAGUUCUAGUGGGCAAUUAUUAUAUGGACCCGAAGACCCGUCCUUGCUAAAUUUGCAGAAACAUCACAUUUCACAUAAACUCAUGAAAGAGGGCACAACCCAAGUAUUUAAAGUCCGAAGGACAGAAAGCAAGACUUGGGACGUCGAAAUUCACGAGAAUGUUAGAUAUUGGCUUGACGUCUUUGGUUUCAAAGGCGUGAUCGAUUGUGGGAAGCCCAUGAAGGUGGACAACGAGCUGAUCACGGCGUCGAUUGAGCGUUGGAGACCGGAGACGCACACUUUCCAUCUACCGAUCGGUGAGGCGACGAUCACCUUGGAAGAUGUGCAAGCCAUUUGGGGCUUGAGGGCGGAUGGUCGCGUUUUCACAGGGCGUGACUAUCAUGACAACUUUUCUGACUGGACCAGCAAGUGCCGCGAUCUGUUGGGAUGGAUACCAGAUACUUCCACAGAGACAAAGCAAGGCGGUUUGCUGAUGACCGCACUGAUCAACCAGACAAGAAUGCCUCUGGGUGAUGACCUACCUAUGUACGUAUACAUCCAAAGGGCACGUAUCCAUGCCCUAAUUUUAUUAGGAGGUCUCAUUCUACCGGACACCACGGGGUGUAAGGUGCCAUUUAUGUGGUUGAAUGGGCUUGGGGAUCCAGAAGAGGUGAAGAAUAUUAGUUGGGGAAGUGCGGCAUUGGCCUACCUUUAUCAUUAUCUGUGCAAGGCUUCCAUGGAUAAGAGAAAAGAGUUGGGUGGGCCUAUGAUGCUUCUGCAGCUAUGGGCGUGGGAAAGCAUGCCCACAUUGAGGUCUGCGUUCAUUGGACCAGUUGUGCACGAGCCAUAUACACCAUGUGGCGCCAGGUGGAAAGGAACAACGCAGAUAGGAAAUGCUCCUAGACACUCGGUUGAGCAUUAUCGUGACCAAAUAUCUCUGAUUAGACCUGGCCAGGUGAGUAUUAUUUCGGUUUAGACUUCAUUUAAGAACUUAUUACGGAAUUAUUCAGUGGCAUUUGCAUUGCUGUUUUGUAGUUUAUCUGAACGCCAUACGCACAUUGCAUACUGCCUGACUACUGCAAUGAUGUGACUGGAUGUUCUCUGUGCGAGACCUACUUGGUAUGUUGGGCCUAUGUCGAGGCCCAUGAGCCUGGACGAGUGCGACGACAGUUCAAUCGGUAUCAGGAUAUACCGCAGAAUGUAGACAGGAUGCUAAGGAACGCCGAUCAUUUAGGCAAGAAUGAUCGGCGUGGUAAGAAGGGCAACAACUGGGCAAACACGCAUCAGUUCUACAUUGGGGAGUGGGACAUGAGGUACGAAAGGUUCCAAGCUGCCGAAUACGCCGCACCGAUGUCCUUGGAUAUUCCCAUGAGCCCGGGUUAUAUGGCGUGGU